CAUUUCUACUGUGAUACCUGUUCUGUCCCCAUAUGUCGGGAAUGUACCAUGGGACGACAUGUGGGUCACAGCUUUAUCUACCUCCAAGACGCCCUACAGGACUCCAGGACUCUCACCAUUCAGCUCCUGGCAGAUGCUCAGCAAGGACGACAGGCUAUUCAACUGAGUAUUGAGCAGGCCCAGGCUGUGGCAGAGCAGGUCGAGAUGAAAGCGAAGGUGGUGCAGUCUGAAGUCAAAGUAGUGACCACUAGACACAAGAAGGCCUUGGAAGAGCGGGAGUGUGAGCUGCUCUGGAAGGUGGAAAAGAUUCGCCAGGUCAAGGCCAAGUCCCUCUACUUGCAAGUUGAAAAGUUACGUCAGAACCUGAACAAGCUGGAUAACACCAUCAGUGCUGUUCAGCAGGUCCUGGAGGAGGGUCGUACCAUGGAUAUUCUUCUGGCUCGGGACCGCAUGCUGGCUCAGGUGCAGGAGCUGAAGAACGUCAGAGGCCUUCUCCAGCCGCAGGAAGACGACAGGAUCAUGUUCACCCCCCCUGACCAGGCACUGUAUAUGGCCAUCAAAUCAAUGGGCUUUGUCAGCAGCGGGGCUUUUGCUCCCCUGACCAAAGCCACCGGGGAAGGUCUCAAGCGUGCUCUGCAGGGCAAGGUGGCCUCGUUCACCGUGAUCGGCUACGACCACGACGGGGAGCCUCGCCUUUCGGGGGGGGACAUGAUCUCUGCAGUGGUCAUGGGCCCGGAUGGAAACCUUUUUGGGGCAGACGUCAGCGAUCAGCAGAACGGGACCUACCUGGUCAGCUACCGUCCCCAGCUGGAGGGAGAGCACCUGGUGUCGGUGAUGAUGUGCAACCAACACAUUGAGAACAGCCCCUUCAAGGUGAUGGUGAAGUCCGGGCGCAGCUACAUCGGCAUCGGGCUGCCGGGGCUGUCCUUCGGCAGUGAGGGAGACAGCGACGGCAAGCUCUGCCGCCCCUGGGGGGUCAGCGUCGACAAGGAAGGCUUCAUCAUCGUCGCUGACCGCAGCAACAACCGCAUCCAGGUGUUCAAGCCGUGCGGGACCUUCCAUCACAAGUUUGGCACGCUGGGCUCCCGGCCGGGCCAGUUCGAUCGCCCCGCCGGCGUGGCCUGCGACGUUUCGCGCAGGAUCGUCGUGGCCGACAAGGACAAUCAUCGCAUCCAGAUCUUCACGUUCGAGGGGCAGUUCAUUCUGAAGUUCGGGGAGAAAGGAACGAAGAACGGGCAGUUCAAUUACCCGUGGGACGUGGCCGUCAACACGGAGGGCAAGAUCCUGGUCUCUGACACGAGGAACCAUCGCGUUCAGCUGUUCGGGCCCGACGGCGUGUUCCUUAACAAGUACGGCUUCGAAGGGGUACUCUGGAAGCACUUUGAUUCCCCCAGAGGUGUGACGUUCAAUCACGAGGGCCACUUGGUAGUGACGGACUUCAACAACCAUCGCCUCUUGGUCAUCCAUCCGGACUGCCAGUCGGCGCGCUUCCUGGGCUCCGAGGGCACCGGCAACGGGCAGUUCCUGCGCCCGCAGGGGGUGGCGGUGGAUCAGGAAGGGCGCAUCAUCGUGGCCGACUCCAGGAACCACCGGGUGCAGAUAUUCGAGUCCAAUGGUAGCUUUUUAUGCAAGUUCGGCACUCAGGGAAGCGGCUUUGGUCAGAUGGACCGUCCUUCAGGUAUAGCUGUCACCCCUGAUGGCAUGAUUGUCGUGGUCGACUUUGGAAACAAUCGAAUUCUCGUCUUCUAAUCUGUGUUUGAAUGAGGAAGAAACUGUCUCAGGGAAAUUCUUCUAAGAGAAAAUGAAAAAAUACAACGUUAAUUCAAACCUACCUCAUCUUUAAUUUUUUUACAGAUGAAUGUACUUACCUUUUCUGCAGGGAGUGAGCCUGUAAAAUUGAAUUCUAUCUACCUCAUUGUCCUCCCUUCCCUCCCCGAUUUCUCGCCCCCUCCCCGUCCCCACAUACUCAAAGUUCAGAACGUUUUACCUCUUUCCCCCCGAUGGGGUUUCAUGCACAAACAAGAAUUGCUGUGCACAUUAGGUGGUUUGUGUGGUGAGUUCUGUUAGACUAAGCCAAGAAAGGCGCUAUGUAACUUUUUAAAUGGAGAAAAUGCUAGUAGGUGUUUGUAGAGAAAUUUGUGUUCUUGACCAUUCUGCAGUUCUGUGGGUGGGGACAUGGGAGGGAGGGACGUUUGUUGUUGUUGU